AUGGAGGUGGUCGAGGAGCGGUAUAUCAGUAAAAUCUGUGGUUUUCCGUUAUGCUCAAAUCCCGUUGAAGUAAAAUUCUCCCAGAAAUACCGUAUUGAUGUGAAAAACAAAAAGGUAUAUGAGCGGUCUGCAGAAGUGGACAAAUUCUGUUGCCAGAAUUGUUUUUUGCGAUCUGCCGUACUGAGAGCACAACUUGAUACCGAACCGUUAUGGAUCAGAGGCGACGAACACAGUACGUGA